UCAGUAAGUCAGUGACGUUCGAAUCGUUCAAACGUAUUUUUUGUUCGCCGCGAGUGUUUAUUUCACGUGAUCGAAGGUUUUGUUUUUUAUUUUCUCGGUCGUGUUUCGUUUUUAUUGUUUUUAUGCGUACUGCUGAAUGAACGCUUUUUCGGGGAUUGAACGCCGGAUUGCUGGCUUCGCUGAGCCUUAGUUCAGGACUAAAGGAUUGAAUUGACUCCACGAUGAAUGGAAUAUACAACUGUGAUCGGAAAAGAGCCAAAAUUAUGUGAUAAUUAGUGGUUCAAUUUUAAUUUAAAAAGAAAAUUCGUCUGAUUAUUUUGUGAAAAUUUAUGAAAUCUAUUCUGAUUUUAUUACACUCUAUAUAAAUAUAUAUAUUGUUUGGAUAAAGAAACUGUUUUUGUAGAAGAAACACCAUACUACAACUCUGUUCUUCAUUUAACUUGAACUACCUUGAUAUACUUCCACAAGGUGUGAUAAAUUCAUAUAAACUUAUAUGAAGUGCUGUUGAAUUGUGAGGUGAUAGAACUAAAAAUUUAUUAUUGUUUCACGCAUUUUUGGAUUAAUUUUCGUCGCAAUUAUUGGAUAAUUCUUUUUAUAGAAACACUCUGUAAAAGUGAUUGCAUUCAAAUAUAUCGGCGACAAUAAAAUCUCUUUAGAAUUAGGAACAACCAAGAAAACGCCAAAAUCGAUGCCAAACAAUAAUUUAAAUCAAAAUGCUUCACAAAAGUACCUUCCGGCGAAUACGUGCGUAUAACAAUCGAAAACGUCACUUUAUAUACAAAAGUCUAAUAAGUGUGCCUUAAAAAAAAGAACAAAAAUAACGAAAUCGCCUUAAUUUAUACGUGUUCGUUUAUGGUUUGAGUAUAUACUAAAGUAACUGAAACAGAAAUUUUGAUAAAAAGAAACCGUAAAAGCUCAACACGUUCUCGUAAAAGCUGCUUUUUUGUAGCAGUGGUGUAAACGGUUCUCUCUACACGGUUUUAAAAUAAAUAAGCUGGCACUAACAGCUUCACUCAUCAGAGGUGGCGCAGCCAUCGGGGCGAUGCCAUUUAUUGAUGACGCUUUGCUAUGGUGUCCGGAUAAUGAUGGUCGUAUGGUUGAUAUAUCGGCUUGUUUACCGGAUGCCGUAAAUGGAUCCGGGCCGAAUCAACAAGAAAAUUCCGGUAAUUCAUGUGACUUAAGUUCGCUUGACCCACUGUGCAACGAUUCUGAUGAAUUGCUGCGUCAGCUCCAAGAAAAUUCUUUUGAAUUAGAGUCAUUUUUCACCGAAUUCACUGGCAGUGUUGACAUAAAGGAAGAAAAUAAUAAUGAUGUUGCCAAUCAAUCAUCGGCUCAACAAAAUUACAUUGACAAUGACACGUCGUUAAUUCAGCAGAGCAUAAAUUCAAAUCGAACGGCCGAAUCAAGUCAUAAUGAUCUCUUAACCCUUUCCGGAUCUUCGAAUCAACACAAUAUACGUAAUGAAAGUCGGUUUUCUGCUGCCAAUCCACUGUUAGCAGAAAAACUAUUAUCGCCAAGUUUGAGCGAUUUGGACAAUCUAACAAUUAGUAAUGGACGGCAAGGACGACCACGAGAUUUAAAAGUAGACACCGAAAUACCGUUAAUAAAACAAUCUCCAAGUCCUCCGCCACAUCAACAACGAGUAGUCCUACAAAUAAAAACUGAACCAUCCUCAUCAAAUGGACAACAUAUAUCACAUCGACCAUUGCUGCACAAUUUGCUGAGCGGUGCACCAAUUCAUACAACACCAUACCAUCGGAAUUAUUGUACGUCGAGUACAGGUUCUCUCCCGCCAAGUCCAGCCGAUAGUGGCGUAUCAGAUGUAGAUAGUUCAAGUUCCGGAGGUCAACCAUGCAGCGAAGAAUUGAAAGCACGCCUCGGAUUGACAUCGCAUUGUCCACAACAGCAGAGCAGUCAUGUACCACCUGGCACAUUUUUAAAUCCAAACUUUUACCACAAUUCACCUCCACUUAGAAAUCUUUGGAACAACAGAAAUGUACAAUUGCCCGUUCCUGACAACUAUUACCCUCACUUAAUGAAUGCAGGUUACACAUCACAUUUUCCGACACCAUCACCACCCCGUGGUACACAUCAGAAUUUCCAUCCACAGAGCGUUAUACAGGCAGCAACAUCAAGUGUAAACGAAGACCUGUCGUACAUGUUGGAUUACGGUUUUCCACAGAGAAAACUAAAGAAACCAAGAAAGCCAAAAAUGGAAAUGGGCGUGAAGCGACGCAGUCGAGAAGGUUCAACAACAUAUUUAUGGGAAUUUUUGUUGAAACUAUUACAGGAUCGUGAAUACUGUCCCCGAUAUAUCAAAUGGACGAAUCGCGAAAAGGGUAUAUUCAAGUUAGUCGACUCCAAGGCUGUGUCUAGAUUGUGGGGUUUGCAUAAAAAUAAACCGGAUAUGAAUUACGAAACGAUGGGUCGUGCGCUGCGAUAUUAUUAUCAGCGCGGUAUAUUGGCCAAAGUUGACGGUCAGAGAUUAGUUUAUCAGUUUGUUGAUGUACCUAAAGACAUUAUUGAAAUUGAUUGUUCGGGAGCGUAAUUAUCUUCCGUUUGUGUUGUUUUCUUCAAAUUGAAAAUGUAAUAAGAGAAAAGUUUUUUUUUUAAAUUGAUUAUUUCGUUUCACAAAUACAGUCAAGUGGACCAGUGAUGAUCCACUGUUCAUGAAUGAAACCGAAUCGAUGAUACAGAAUUCAAUGUGUUUCUGCGAAACCAGAUGAAAAACGACAAAACAUUUUUUUUAAAUAGCCAACAGCAAAAAUAAUAUAUUUUUAAAGAGAGUAAAUUACGCAAAUAUUUAUUUCUACUUAUGUUCUCUGUUUUUUUUUAAAUAAAAUUUUCAUAUUAUUUGGAAAUCAACUUAUUAUUUUGCCUUAUUUUUAGGUGUUUUCACUGCCUUAAGUUAAAAAAGAAAAAAAAUCUUUUCGUCCUAUCCGAAAAAACUAAAACAAAAACGGAACACCAUCAGUAACUCACUGAAACGAUCUAAAUACUAGAGGGACAAGAAAAAUUAAAUUGGAUAACAAAAAUUGUAAAAAAGUGAAAAAAAAACAGUUGUCUUAAGCGUGUUUUACUUGAAGUAACGUGGAAUGAGUAUUUUUUUAAUUAAUUACAAGAAAAAAUUAAUUAAAAAUACCAGCUACAAAGCAUUGCCAAAUGAAUUGUUUGUGAAAUUAUCUUACCAAAUUUGUGAAUAAAAAAUAGUAAGAUGUACAUAAAACUAGGAAGAGAAUGGAGAAGUUAUUUCUUUCUUUCGAUUAUUUAGAAACUAAAAUAAAUUUAAAAUUAAAUUAAAAUCUAAAAGUGGUUGUGACCUGCUACUAAACUUUUGCCAUUAAAAUUAAUUUCGCUUCUUGGUCCUUACAAAACGGUUUAAAAAAAUUACAAAAACUUCUUAAAUUCUUCAACGCAGGACAUUUUUAGUUACAAAAUUAAUCAAGUGUCUCCAAAUUAUGUCGUCCGGUAAAGUGUUUUGCUGCAAUAAGAGUUGUGACGCUACUGCUGAAACAGGCUGAUAAUGUGUUACAAGUGAUCUUCCUUCAAUUUUUUCGUUUGUACCAAAGUGAAAGAGAUCAAAAACCAUCAUUUCACAUGGUCAACAUGUUUCUUAUUCGCUUCACUUACUCAUUUAACUUAAAUUACCUUCGAAUUCUGGAUAUUGAUUAAUAAACAACACUCUCCCAAUUGAAAUACGCUGGACGCCAGUUCUUGAUAUCUUAUGUUCCAUAUCUAUUGAGUCUUUCACACAUCGAUCACUUGGCAACUGAUAUCUUUUCUCUGAAAUUUAAGACGAGCCAAUCAAUUUCAUCCAUUUUACAGGACGUUGAUCAGGCGUAGAUAGCACAUAAUUGACUGAAGUACAUCCACAAAUAUUAUAUUGAUCAGACCUAUAUUCGACAUAUUGCACAAAACUGUGAUGUCAUAAGGCUAAUUGCCACAACUAUUUGAAGAGAACAACUGUAUCACAAGGGUUUCAACUUGAUACCAAACCGUUCUAUUAUUACGGUUGAUGCGCAUCCGCUAAGAGUAUUUCAAUUGUAUGUUUGUUUGUUUUUCUACCAUUAGCUUCUAGACGUGAAUCUUGUGUCAAUUAAACUGUUGCACUUCAUAAUGUUCGUUUUUUGUUCCGUUAAAUUUGUGGAAUUGAAAUUACUGAAAAAACUUUCGAGCAACGGCUAAUCAUCUGUUGGGGAGCGAAGUAAAUAAGUGACCUAAUUGGUAAUAUAAUGCAUUAAAGAAACAAAUAUUGAAAACCAAUGAAGUAAAAGAUUUUAUCAAACCUUAGACAAUACUUCAAUCAACAGAAGUAAAACAAAGUAACAGAUUGCAUCGCGAUGAUACGCUUGCCGUUUCUCAAAGGUUACGACGAUGAAUAGAUUGAGAAUAUAUAUUUCGCUAUAGGCUGCAGAGUAUUUCGACAACUUAAAAGGUGAAAAAAAUUAAUUGAAUCGAAUAAUUACAAUGACAUAAAUUAAAAAGAUAAAAUAAAUUAAGGAUCAAAAUGAAAGAAAAAGAAAAUAAAAAAAAUUGCUCAUAAAAACUUUAAAUAAAUUUAAAAAUUAAAAAGAAAGAAAAAAUAGAAAACUUUUUUAUCCGUACAAGAAUUAGUUAAAUGAAUAAAUAUAAAAGUAAAGAAGAAGUAAAAAACCAGUUAAAAUAUAAACAAGAAAAAUCAAUAAAUACAAUAAAUUAUAAUGUAUAUCUGUGCAAUGAACCAAAAUAGUAAAGUUUCUUUUGUUUUUUGUUUUUUUUUUAAUUUGUUUUAAAUGCAUAAUUAUAUAAAUGAAAAAUAUUUAAAAAUAAUUACAAAAAAGAAAUGUGUUAAUAAUACAAACUACAAGAGGAGAUAAAAAAAGAGUUUAUUUUUUAACCGGUUAACUAAAGCAAGUUUAAAUCGAAAGAGAAUUUAUAGAACGAGAAGUUAGUUGAUUAAAGUCUACAAGUAAAUUUUUUUUAAUUAUAAUAAACUAUCAACAAAAAACUAAAUGUAAUUGCAAUUCUCAUAAAUAAAUAAAUAAAUGAAACAACAAUGUUUGUGUGUAGAAGUUCUAGGUUAAAACUCACUCAGACGGUAUUAAAAGUAUAUAAAAUUACAAAAUUAAUAAAUUCAAUACCAAAAUUGAUAUGAAUUACUAAAAUGUUCUAUGGAAAGAGAGAAAAGGGGAUUAUAACAUUUCCAUGAUCAUAUUUUCAUAGACCACAAAACCUCCAACAAACCCACACAACAAAAAAUGAACUAUCUCAAUUUGAAUAAAAAGUAAAUAAAAUUUAAAAAAAACAUUUUAUACCUAAACCUAAACAUAUAAUCGAAUAUUAAAAAAUCUAAUAAAUAAAAGUAAAUUUUGUAUAAAAUCAAUUUUUCUCUUUAUUUAUUAAUUAAUCAAAUCUAAUUAUAUGUUUGAUAGAGAGACAAACAAUGUUGACCGACAGGAAAAGUGUUUUGAAAUAGAAAGAAUAUCGAAUAUAUAGUUGGAAAAGAUGGAAUUGUAUCGUGUUGUUGAUUUUAUAUAUUUCUUUUAUAAAUAAAAAAUGAGAAGAAAAAGAAAAAUUUAAGUGAAAAUCAUAUCGUUAUUUAUAAAGAAAUUUUUUUAGAAGCAAAAUGGAAACGAAAUGGAGUGUUUAGAGAAUAGAGAUUUAAACCGGAAAAAUCUUUUAUAAAUAUUGAAAAUGGGACCGUAUUAAAUGAACGAUUUACUCACAGGUGCUUGUUAUGAAUAGGUGAAUUAAAAACAUUUUUCAAUGAAAAAUUGGUUUCAAUUAAAAACUAAAAAAAAUCUGUUUUUUUUAGUGUAACAAUUUUCUCUAUCAAACUUAUGUUUGUCAAAAUGUAAUUAAAUGUUAAAAAUUUUAAAAUGCAAAUAUUAUCAGUACAAAAAAAAUGAAGUAAAUUCUAUCAAAAUAUUGUUUUUCAUUUCUUCCAAUUGUUGAUCUAUAGUAGUUUGUUACCAAUUCAAUUCAUUUUAAUUUAUGGCUUUUUCAUUUUGUCAAUAAUUAAUUUUCUGUUUAUUUGAUAAAUUGUGUAUUGGUUGAAUUUAUUAUCAGUCGUUUUGAUUUUGUUUCUUUUCUUUAUUUUCGUUUUUGAAUAUGAUUUUUUACCGACGAUCAGACCUGACAAAAGUAAACUGUUUGGAAUGUUUAUUUCUUCAAAUAAUUUCUUUGUCAGAAUGUAUCUGAACCAGAAUUUACAAUUAAAAUUUUUUAAAUGAAAAUUAACUAAAUGUAGAAUUUACUAUAAAAAUUAAAAUUAAAAAAACCAUUUUAACUAAAUAAAAGUUUUUGUAUCCAUUUUUAUAAACAAACGUAAAAAAAUAAAAAAAAAACUGUUACUCGAUAGCAAAAUUUUUUUAAUUGAAUAAUCCGUCAUCCAACUUUUUUUUGUGUAAAUACAAUUUUUAAGAAAAGAAAAUCUUACCAUCCAAAAUAGAUUCAAAAUGUUUUAGCAAAAUUACUUAAAAAUUAACCCCAAAAAUGAAAAAAAAAAUCAAAAUUUUCAUCGAUUUCAUUUAAAUCGAAAUGAAAACCUUUUUUUUGGAAUUGGUUUCGACUUUCUAUUUUAUUUAAAUUAAUUUCUGAACAAAGCGAACAGAAUUUUAGACAAUGCAACUAUCGAAAAGCCAUUCACAUUUUUAAGAAAAAAAAAUUGGAUUAAGGAAAAAAAACUUUUUUAAAAUAAAGAAAACAUAAAAAUAGAAAAAUUUUACUGAAAAAUUGUAUAGGAAAAUUUUUGGACAACAUUUGGACCUCAAAACAAAAAAGUUGUAUUGAAAUCAUAUUCUUGAUAAAACGAAAGAAAAACUAAAUAAAUUUUAUAUCCCCAACAUCAUAAUAUUUAUUAAUCUCAAUUCUGGCUCACAUUUUAACAAAAAAGAAAGAAGAUCAAAAUAUGUGUCAACACCGGAUGGAUAAAUAUAUUAUGGAUGGAUUAACUAAAUUGUCAAAUUUAUCAAAAAUACAAUAAAGUAAAGACAUUAUAUAGGUCUGCCGCAAGUUAUCCUACAAAUAAAAAAAUAUUUUUUUCAUGAAAUCAAAACAAAAAAAAGAAAACCGAAAUACAAAACAAAAAGCCUUUUUUAUUAAAAAAAAAAUAAUUAAAAGUGUACAUAACAAUUUAUCAAAGAGAAAAAUACAACUUUAUGGAUUAUACUAUUCCAAUUAUUGACAUAAAAAUUUAAAAAGCAAAAAAUUUAUAUACACAAAAUGACAAA